UCCCGUUCCAUCUGGGUUCACUGCAUAUUCCGUUGGGUCUCUUAAUGUUAAACAAAAGUCGUUUCGGAAAGAUUACUCAAUCACAAUUUUCUUUAUUAUUAUGGUUUCUGGUCGUGCGUAUCAAUCGUCUUAAAAUAACCAUAGCCAGCAGUGGAUAGGUUAUCGCUUGUCUGUGAGCUAACGUUAGUGAAAGAAUUAUGGCAAGUUAAUUGUCAAAAAGGCUUUUUACAGUAUGUUGAAUAGGCACUUCGUAAUUGCUUGGAAGGUAACGCCUGGAUAAGAAGAUAGUUGUCCCUACUUAUGUUGUUUAUGGACUAUUCAACAAACAUGGGUAUGGCAUCAUUGUCCCACCCGUACUUCAAAAUAAUUUGUGUCAUUUCUUUACUCCAUGGGCUCGGACACUGCAACGAGGAAAUCGAGACUCAUCAGACCAGGCAACAUUCUUCCAGUCUUCAACUGUCCAAUUUUGGGUCAGCAUCGCAUCAGACCUCGCAGUUCUCUUCGUAUGAGAUCACUAUACCCACGCGUAUCGCAAAGCAGAGGAGAGACGCCGACCACUCGGACUCCAACCAGGUGUCCUACAUCAUCAAUGCCAUGGGAAAGGAACAUGUUGUGGUCCUGGAAAAGAAUGAGCUUCUGCUCCCUGACGACUUCACCGUGUACACGUACGCCAAGGAUGGAUCUCUAGUAACAAAGAGGCCUCCAAUGCAAGAUCAUUGUCAUUACCGGGGCUAUGUGGAGGAUGUGGAGGGAUCAUCUGCAGCCAUGAGUAUCUGCUCUGGGCUAAGAGGGGUCCUCCGCAUGGGCAACUCCAGCUAUGGCAUCGAGCCGCUGGCUUCAUCCUCAGACUUUCAGCACCUGGUUUACCGGCUGGAGGAUGUGGUGUCUGAGCCGCUGGUGUGCGGCACGCCCCACAUAGAAACGCCAUCUGAACAGGAUAACAUCCAGUCUGACACACACGGACAGCCUGUCAGCCACUACCUCAGGAGGAAGCGGGCAGUACUCCAUCAGACACAUUAUGUAGAGCUCCUGCUAGUGGUGGACAGCGAAAGGUUCACCCACAUGAACAGGAAUGAGACGGCGGUGCGAGAAGAGAUGGUUCAUCUGGCAAACUAUAUCGACAGUAUGUACAUUGAACUGAACAUCCGAGUGGUGCUGGUGGGCCUGGACAUUUGGGCUAAUGGGAAUCCCAUCAGCACGGAGGGCAGCGCUGGAGAGGUGCUCAGUCGCUUUGUUCAAUGGAGGGAGAAGGAACUGGUCCCCCGGCGACGCCAUGACAGUGCUCAGCUCAUCCUAAAGAAAAGUUUUGGUGGCACCGCCGGGAUGGCCUUUGUCAGCACAGUCUGCUCGCGGAGUCAUGGGGGUGGUAUCAACGCAUUCACCAACAACAACAUCCCAUCAUUUGCGUCCAUCGUCGCCCACGAGCUGGGUCACAACCUGGGCAUGAACCAUGAUGACGGGCGCAACUGCCAUUGCGGGGUCAGCAGCUGUAUCAUGAAUUCGGGCGCCACUGGCUCGCGGAACUUCAGCAGCUGCAGCGCCGAUGACUUUGAGAAGAUGAUCCUGCACACAGGGGGCAGCUGCCUGCUUAACAUCCCUCGCCCGGAAGAGGCCUACAGCGCCCCCUACUGCGGCAACAAACUGGUGGAUGUGGGGGAGGAGUGCGACUGUGGCUCAGACAAGGAAUGCGAGAAGGAUCCGUGUUGUGAAGCGAAGACCUGCAAGCUCAAGUCUGGUGCACAAUGUGCCUAUGGAGUUUGCUGUAAAAGCUGUCAGUUUCUACCUGGUGGCUCAGUGUGUAGAGCCAGCAACGAUGAGUGCGACCUCACUGAGUACUGCAAUGGCUCAUCGGCGCUGUGUCAGAGUGACGUGUUCAAACAGAACGGCCACCCCUGUAAAGAAGACAAGGCCUUCUGCUACAAUGGGAAGUGCCAGCACUAUGACGGACAGUGCCAGGCUAUCUUUGGCCCUAAGGCAAAGGCCGCCCCAGAGGUUUGUUUCAAAGAUGUCAACUCCAAAGGGGAUCGUUUCGGGAACUGCGGCUAUCAGAACUACGGCUACAAGAAGUGUGAGAGCAAGAAUGCCAAGUGUGGUAAGCUGCAGUGUGAGAACGUCCAGACGGUCACAGUCUUCGGCAUCGAGCCCUCCAUCAUCCAGACGCCCAUCGCAGGCACCAAGUGCUGGGGGGUGGACUUCCUGCUGGGGUCAGAUGUCCCUGACCCAGGCAUGGUGAACGAGGGGACCAAGUGUGACGACAACAAGGUCUGUUUGAAUUAUGACUGCCAGAGUGCUGACGUGCUGAACUACGACUGUGACGUCCAGAAGAAAUGCCACGGCCACGGGGUUUGCAAUAGCAACAAGAACUGCCACUGCGACAAUGGCUGGGCUCCGCCCAACUGUGAGGCCAAAGGUUAUGGAGGCAGCGUGGAUAGUGGACCUACGUGGAAUGACAAGGACACCUCCACCCGGGAUGGCCUGCUGGUCUUCUUCUUAUUGGUACUUCCCCUGAUAGUGCUGGGCCUCUUUGUCUUCUUCAGGAGGAAUGAGCUCCAGAGACGCUUUUGCCGGAGGAAGAGAUCCCAGGGCUACGAGGCUAACAGCAGACCUCAGACCAAUGCCACCCGAGGCCCCCCUCCUCCAAGAGCCAACCCCAAUGCCAUCGUCAAAGACGGACACCAGGCUCAGUUAUUACCACCGGAGGAGGUUAUGCAGACAAGCAGGAAUGCCUCUGUUCCAUCGUAUGCCAUCAGACCACCUCCUGCCUAUUCAAGACCAACUCCUGCUGCAGCCCAGCUUGUGCCUCAAAGACCUGCACCACCACCCCCAGUCUAGCCAAGCGGGUUAGGGGUUGAAGAGUUGGGUAUGCCCCUCCAGCUCCCUGUGACACUCACCCGGCUAUGGAAACACAGUCAGCCAAAAUCCACCUACCAAAAUGCAGUCCCUUGACACAAGAGGCACUUCCUGAGCUGUAUCUAAUGAACUGGACCAGUUGUUGAAAAGAACAGAUACAAUGUUUGGACUAGAUAGGACCACUGCUAUCAAUUGCACUUCACAGCUCGCUAAACACUGUAACAUGUACAGAAGGUGAACCACAACCCCUUUGAUGACUGUAGUGGAGACUUAUGUAUUUUUCGGUUUUGUUUAUUUAGUUUUUAUUGAACAUUUUAGACAAACCUGGUGGUACCGGUGGGAAUGUAAUCCAUGCGCCGGCUUGACUAAGACUGCAAUUUUUUUUACCUUGUUUUGGAUCAUACAGCCUGCAGUUCAUGCUCCCCUUUAAUCUUAAUGUAUGAUUCAUUUUUGUGUACUUACUGUAAUUCCCUAAAGACGGUUUUCACUCUUUUAGAUGCUUUAUCAGAUUCAGGUCACAAGUUUUACUUAACUUUUUUCUCUAUUGUUUUGAUAUAUUUACUUUGUUAAUGGCAAAGAAACAGCCUUUCGUCAUGAUAACCAAGAAAUAUAUAAAGUGUUGCAGUAUUAAAACCGGUUGGAAUUAGUUGGGCUUAUAAGGCUACGUUUACACAAGCAGACCAAUUCUGAUACUUUUCCAAUAAUCUGAUGUUUUCACAUUACAUAUUUUUUUAGGGCUUGUCUGUUUGGGCAAAAGGCCAAUAAGUGAACAGAAUUUCUCAAUUUGGCUGCCUGUAUGAACGCAGUCUUGAUGGCUACACUAUAGGACAAUAGUAUUGCUAUUACAACAUCACUCAUGUUGCAGAUAACCUAGCUUUUUAAAAAAAAAUGCUGGAUUUUUUAUCUUAAUUUUUUUCCAGUUUUGGAAACGAAGACAACCUCGUCAACAUAUUGUAUGAUGAGUUAGCGAUCCUAUACCUGGACCUUUUAACAAACAAGUGGUUUCACCAUUUGGUGACCCAAUAACAGUAUGCAUAGCCUGUCACACUUACAGUUCUUCCACAGUUCUUAUUCACUACAAUGUAUAGGACACUUGUUUUUCAAUUCAGCGGUUACCAUAGGGUGUAAUUGCAAAGAACUACAGUCAAUUAAACAAUUUAUUUAAAAUCUGUUUUGUCAUGAAUGUGACACCUAUUGUAUAGCUGUUUUUAUUUGACUGUAGUUCUCUUGCAUUCCUGAAAAAUAUAUUACCCAAAACAUAUACAUUUAUUUAUCCUUAAGGGCUAUGUAACAUUUUAUGUGAUCAGAACAUGCCAUGUUUGCAUUUAGAGUAAAUGUAUGUUGAGGUUGCAUUUACUGCAUAUUUAGACAUGACGCUUAUUCUUACAUAGGGAAUAAGGCACAUUGCUUUAGAAGCAUUUUGUCUCUAUCAUUUUAAAACCACUGCCUUCCUAAACGUUCCUUGGGCAUCCUACAGCAAUAUGUCUCCACCUCCUUCAUGGUGCGAAUAACAACCAACUUCCAGUGGCAACCAAGAGCAAAUGUCAUAAACAACCAACUUACAAUAACUUCAAGAGCAAAUUGUCCUCACGUGCCAUACUUGAGUAGGCUACAUGCUGAAGUAGACUUUUAACAAAUGUAGUUUGUUUGAAAAAUCAUGUACAUAUUCAGUUGACAUGCCACAUUUUAUGUUUGCAGAAUGUUGUGUAAAUGUUUAUCUUAAAUGUAAAGUGAAAAUAAUUGAGUGACUGAUUGAUCGAUGGGCCUGAUUUCACUAUAUUUUCUCCAUCUUUCAGGCCCUUUGUAUCUGAUUAUUGUUUUGUGUUAGCUGGAAAUGGUGAAUCUGGCUGAUGGACUUUGUGAUUUAAGGAAAGUAAUAUCUGCCUGGACUGAGUUAAUUGAUGAUUUUGGUAUUGCAUAUGAAAUAAAAGUACACAUACAUGAA